AUGAACGAAAGAAAGGGAAAGUCGAGGGUUGUUGGACGCAAUGUUACUGGAUCUGAGCGGAGAAAACGUCAGGAGGAGAAGGAUAGAGCUCUUGAGCUGGAGCGUCAGGAGAAGCUUGCUCGUCAAGCUGUAGUUGAUCCUGCCCACUCUAGCCAUGAUUCUCGACAGAUGCGAGUCAUCAACACAUAUGAUGACUUGGUAGAGGAUGCCACGAGCAGUGAUGAUGAGUGUGAUGAGGGUGAUGAGGAGGGUGAGGAGGAGGGUGACUUGUUGCCGUUUCCUGAUGCUUUUUACCAGGGCCAUCCUGUAGGUUCGAGCGAUCACGUGUCUACUGGCUCGACACAUGUUAGUACUCGGGUUGGGCCGCUACGUGGUAAGGAUGGGCGUUUUGCUUCAUCAUCUAGUGGGAGCGUCUCUUCACGGAAGAAGUUGGUGGAUCAGACAUGGCUGCUUACAGGAGCAGGUCCUGGGGGUCCGAGUGACCACAGUUUGAUCCCUAGUUUCGGUGGUCACAUAAGCCAUCGUUUGUGGACUUUGGGUUUGGAUUUUCGAAUUCCAGUGGAUGGAGAGUUACUUGCUGCACCAGCUAAGGGUCAUCCGUCGUUCGUGAGUGGGAUUGUUGAUCUUCUUGGGAUUCCAGAUAAGAAUGCAGUGGCAGCGCGUGGCAUCCGUUGUGGUACACUGUGCGCACUCACCCGUGCAUUGUCCCCCCCCAGAGAUGGUGAGCAGCAGGAGGUGGCGUUGUUAACGUAUGAGAUGCUAGCAUGUCAGAUUAUUGAUGGUAUUGAUCCUUUGCUUCGUGCUUCUGAUGAGGAUCUUGACAGGUUGGGUCCUUAUGGUGACAUGAUUCGACGAGUUCGUGACAAGUACAUCGCUUUUCGCCAGCAGAGACCGUACCGUCCACUUACCUUGUAG